AUGGAAAUGAACUUUCAUACCAAUGAAGGAGUUCGCUUUCGGAAAGUGAAGGCAAAUAUUGGUAUUGAUGAUGAGUGUAGUGAAUUAGAGGAGUCAGAUGUUGUUGAUCGAUUCAAGGAAGAGACGCAAGGAGGAAGUCAGGAUAUAUCAGCAUCUCCUUGCGAAGAACAUGGUGAUAGGGAAUGGUUGUACGUGCCAAGUUUUUGGGACUAUAUAAAGGGUGAACUUACGAGGGGAUAUUCGCUUGAUAACGAUGAAUUACGAUAUACGGAAAAACAGAAGAAAAUAAGUGCAUUUUUGAGGAUACCAAUUGAAUUAGAGAAAUUUUUAUUUUAUGGUACAUUGCAAUGUUUGGAGGCUUUUUGUCAUUUAUCUACAUUUCUACCAAUUCGGUUAUUGACAUCUGUCGUCGGUUUGUUAUUAUGGUCAAGGAAAUGGACCGCAUCUAAUACUUGUGAUUUUUUGAAAGCUUUCAUUGUGACAGUUUGUUCAUGUCUCAUGACUUUGAUUGACACAUCAGUAAUGUAUCACCAGGUUCGGGGACAAGGUGUAAUUAAACUUUAUAUUUUUUACAAUAUGCUUGAAGUAGCCGACAAGUUAUUUAGUAGUUUCGGUCAGGAUAUUUUUGACGCCUUAUUUUGGUCAAGUACACAUUCGUCAUCAAGUUAUGUGCGAAUGUUUGUGCACCUAUUUAUUGCAAUCAUUUAUACUUGGUUACAUACAAUACUCGUCUUAUUACAGGCCACAACUUUGAAUGUUGCUUUUAAUUCACAUACGCAGGCACUGCUUGCUAUAAUGAUGUCCAAUAAUUUUGUUGAACUGAAAGGUUCAGUCUUUAAAAAGUUCGCUAAGGCAAAUCUUUUCCAGAUGUCUUGCAGUGAUGUUCGUGAGCGCUUUCAUAUCUUUACUUUAUUAGCAGUUGUGGUUGUACGAAAUAUGAUGGCCGUGAAUUGGAAAUUCGAGCAUUUCAUGGAAAUGUUGCCAGAUCUUGCUUUGGUGACGAUUGCUGAAAUAAUUGUUGACUGGUUAAAACACGCCUUCAUCACUAAGUUUAAUGAAAUACCAGCGGAGGUAUAUCAAGACUUUACGAUAACAAUUGCUUUUGAUGUUGUUCGGAGCCGCGACGAGAAAGCCUUUUCAGAUUAUUCAGACCAAGUAUCAAGACGAAUGGGUUUUAUACCUAUUCCAUUAACAAUUAUGCUGAUACGCGUUAUUACUCAAACAUUUGAUUUCACUAUUACAUCCGUGCAGCUUGUGUUUUGUUUCACAUGGAUUUUGUUAUUGUCACUGAAAAUAGUAAAUGGUAUCGUUGUGCUUGGAAAAGCAUGCAGACAUGUGAAGCGUUACCGUGAACUUCAAGAAAAAGCAGAAUGUGAAAUUUUUCGAAAAAGGGUACUGAUGAGGAAAAGCAAGAGUGCUCCGAACUCACCACGGAUAAGUUUGGUUGAUUUUAGUGAUGUUCUUCAUCAGACAGUAUCAAAUAAAGGUUUCACUGUGUCAGAUUUAAUGUCCCAUUGGGAUGAAUUAAACCGCAGUCUGGAAACUACGCCUGUUCAAGAGCCACGAAGAACAAAGUCGUUGGCUAUUUUCAAAUCUCGAAGGGACAAUUCACUACCAUCUCAUACCACUAAUACUGAAAAGGACGAGAAGGAAGAUGCGUCAGAAAUCGCAGACCAGUCAAAGAAUACUCCAAGAAAACGUACUAGAACCACAGAAUGUGAGAGUCUUUCUGAUGUUCAAGCAUAUACAAUGCUCGGUAAUGCAACAGAACCUAUGGAGGUACUUUGA